AGAGGGCACGCGCAGCUGCCACGGGUCGCCACCUGCCCCAACGUUCAAAUGUGGCGCCCCGCCCGAGCACGCGCAAUCAUUGGCCUAACUUGAUGACGUCACUGUAAGUCGCCACGGCAUUGGACAGCUUUAUGACGUCAUAGCGAAGCUGUCUUGCGAUUGGCGGCGCGUGCAGCCUGGCGCGUGCCAUGUGCACCCGAGGCUAUAUAAGGCCCCGAGACCGUGGCACGUGCGUAAUAGUGCAUCAAUCUCGGCGCGGCGCCCCUGACAGAACUGCGGCACGCCCUUACUCGCUCCGCCGCCGCCAUGACGACCGCCGGCAAGGAACACAUCGCCCGGCCGCCCAAGAAGAGGCCCCUGGCACUCUUCAACUAUCUGCUGGAGUCCUCCCGAGGUGGCGAGGACGAUGAGAACCUCCAGCCGGAGGACCUCAGCAUGAAGAGCAGCAGGCGACCCUCCACGCCGCCGCCACGGCCUGCCACACCCUCCUUCCCCAGCCCCUCGCCCUCGCUAAUGACUCCAUCUCCCCUGCUCACCACCGCUCCUGCUGCACCGUCCCUCACGCCGCGCCGCCCCGCCGUCACCACUCUGCUGGGGCUCGUAGGCGGCGGCCUAGGGGUGGCCUCUGCCCUCCCUCACACCACCAGUAUUACUCACGCUAGUGAGGGCAGCGGUAGGCCCUUCUAUAGUAGCAGUAACAAUGGCAGCAGCAACAGUAGUAAUAGCAGCAGCGGAGUCAUCACUAGUAGCAGUUACACCGGUAGCACUCUCAGUCCGGGCAGCGGCAGCGGCAGCAGCUUCAUGAGCAGCGCUGGGCUACGCCUUAUCAGUGAGGUGGCGGCAGCGUGCGGGCGGCCCACCGUGUUGAGGACGCCCGGGAGCUCCGCGGGCACCCACAGCAGCCCCUACGCCCCGCCCACACCCAGGGACCCGUUGCGACAUGUGCUGCGGGAACGUGGUGUGGGCGUCCGUUCUUGGCCCUACCACCCAUACCUCCCCUUGGGCGUGUACGGGCUGCCGUCACCACUCCAGGCUGUCCACACGCCCACUUCUGUCCGCAACGAGUCCGCCAGUCCCGCCUCACGCCCUCGGGGAGGGUCUGUGUCGCCGCCGGGGGAGGCGGGAUCCAGCAGCAGCGAGAGCAGCCCUGAGGCCCAGCAGGACGGCCGGGGCCCACGCCUCACCUGCCCCGACUGUGGCCGCCGCUACGCUACCAUGGCGGGCCUCGCCAAACAUAGACAGUUCCAUUGCCUCAAAGACGCCGGACGAUCGUUCGCGUGCAAGCACUGCGACAAGGUGUACACGAGUCUGGGCGCCCUCAAGAUGCACAUCCGCACCCACACGCUGCCCUGCAAGUGCCAGCUGUGCGGCAAGGCCUUCUCGCGGCCCUGGCUGCUGCAGGGACACAUCAGGACCCACACGGGGGAGAAGCCCUUCCAGUGCCCGCAGUGUGACCGCUGCUUCGCCGACCGCAGCAACCUGCGGGCCCACCUCCAGACACAUACAGAUGUCAAGAAGUACGCGUGCAGAACGUGUCCCAAAACCUUUUCACGCACGUCUCUCCUAGUGAAGCACGAGGACCACGGGUGCCCUGGCGUGCGCCCCGCCCGCCCCAUGGCCCUGGCGCCCGCCGCCUCCCUUCCCAUCUGACUUCGCUGACUGCAAAUCUUCUAGAGAUCGCUUUCAGUGCUCAAGACGCUCCAAGGAGCAGCAAGACCGGUAAUCACAGCGAAUGCUCAGCGAGUCACCGGUGCACGUGAGGCUCCAGCCACACACCUGUCUAGUCAAGCCACACCCACGCGGCCUCCCAGAGGCCACUGUCGGUCGGCAGCCUCAAAGGACACAAUCUGGCAGCAAAGUUUAUUAGAUAAAGCGCCACCACGCAACGCCACACCUCUACUUUUCCGGUGAUCAAUAUUUUUGUCAGAUUCGGCCAAGAAACUGCCACACGCUCGCCAGGCCGGACUCAAAAGUCAAGUCUGAGCCGCGGCGCACAAUGGCGGCUGGGAAACUGGCAAAGGUGUGCCUGUGUGAGCGUGGGGCGCGGCCAGGUGUGUCUUGGGAGGCUGACGACUCUCAACAGCUUUACCUGAGACCAGCAGCCACCGCGGGUCUCCCCAACGUACCUGCAUACCACCAACCCCACCCAUUGUCCUCCUGCCGGGGGGAGGCGGAGGACGGGAAGAAAGGAAGACCGGCGUGAGAGUCGAGGCUGAGAACGAAGGGAGAGGGUGAGAGCGAGGCGAGAAAACGUGAGAGGAAGGGUUGGGAAUGUCGCGAGGAGGAAUGAGAGGAAGGAGAGCGAGUGAAUGAGGGAGAAAUGCAAGGGUGUGAGUGAGGCUUGAACCGUAAUGUAUGAUAAUCCAAUGUGUGUGCUUGAGAGAGAGAGAGAGAGAGAGAGAGAGAGAGAGAGAGAGAGAGAGAGAGAGAGAGAGAGAUAACGCAUUCCCCUCCUUCAGCACCCUCUCAUGCCCCGCCUCCGCCUACCUCCGCCGGUCCUCCUCACUCCACGCCCUCCACUCGCCUCUCAGCGGAGUGACUGGGAGUGACUCAAGACAAUACUCAUCCAAAGCUUCAUUAUACUUGUCCAGCUGUCCUCAUCCUUCCCUGUGUGUGUGUGUGUGUGUGUGUGUGUGUGUGUGUGUGUGUGUGUGUGUGUGUGUGUGUCUUCUUCGCCCAUUCCUGUUUUGUUUCCCAUUUUUCUUUUUCCCUUUCCUUGUGUCCCUUUAUACAUGUGUACUUUACCCCCUUUUCUUUAUCAUAUACCCCAUUCCUUUGCCCAUUUAUUUAUCCUGUGUUCCUAUUCCUUCCCCCUUUCCUCUUGUCCCAUUCCCCAUUGCCCCCCAACUUGCCCAUUAUAGUCUAUCGUGUUACCCAUUCCUCUGUGUCCUAUCCUCUCCCUUGUCCCAUUCCCUCUGCCCCUAUACCUAUGAGACCUCACCUGUGCUCUGUGCCUUGUGACUGACCCUCCCUUCGGUGCCCCUGGAGUCCUAGGAGAAGGGGCACACGAGGGUCGACGCCAAUAUAGUGCCAAGUAGAUGUGCCUUCUUCAGAGACUGUCUUUCUGUGUUAUAAGAGGCAUAUAUGUGUUUCCUGAAGAAUCUCACUAUGUAUGUACAUUUUACGCGAAGGUAUAUUAUAUAUUUUAUACUUUUUUACACCAAAUAAAACAGGAG